AUGCCGCCACAACAAAACAUGUUUUCACUUCUUCAAGCUUUCUCAGAUCCUUCAAGCUUUCAAUACCCAUUCCGUGUGAUGGUGUCCAAACGACCGGUCAUGAUGAAGGCAAAUCAGAAAGGAACCGUGAUGCAUAAAAUUGAUGUAACCGAUCCGAAUCAACAAGGACCUUCAGUAACCAUGAUUUUAUUGGAAAAACCUGGGGUUGAUUUUGCACCCACUCGUGAUUCGUUGGUGGAGGGAGCUAUUGUGAAUGUUACCAAGCUCUCCAAAGGUUCCUCUACCUCCAAGGUGUAUGUUUUAGCCAGUUUUACAGUAGAACCAACAGCGACCACAUCAACCACAACAAAUCCACCACCUCGAUCCUCCAUUCCGAAUCAAGCUGUUCAAUCAAGUAAUAAUAGUAACAAUUCUAGAAAUACUACUAGUGGGGUCAUCGGAAAUAAUACCAACCACAUGGCUAACCAAUCUUCUUCUGCAUCCGUACCAACAUCAGCAUCAGGCUUUCAGAGACCUAUGAAUCAAGCAUCAUCUAAUCUUCAGCAAAAUACAGCCUCUAGACCUCCAUCAAAUCAAUUUAACAGACCACCAAGUGGACAACAAGUUCCACCAAUGAAUAACUUGCAACAACAAUCACGACCUUCAUCACUAAUUCCUCAACAACAGCAACCACAAAAAUCAUCAUUUACUCCAACAACUAAUAACCAAAAUAUAGAUCUUAGAUCAAAAGCCAUUGUACCACUGAUUGCUCUAACACCUUGGCUAAAUGAUUGGGUGAUUAAAGCUAGAGUUACCAGAAAACCCGAUUUGAAGCAUUGGACAAAGGAUGACAGAAAAGGUACCAUUCUUUCAAUUAAUUUGAUUGAUCAAGAUUCUACUGAAAUUAGAGCUACAUUUUUCAAUGAAGGAGCCAUCAAAGCUAACUCAAAAUUGCGUGAGAGAGGUGUCUAUUAUUUCAAAGGCGGAAAGAUUAAACCUGCAGAUCACAAAUUUAACACAAGAAUUGCCCAUAAUUAUGAGAUUACAUUUUAUGAUAAUUGCAUUAUUCAAGAAGCUACUGAUAAUGAGUCUGUGUGCAUUCCUCAAGGUCGUUUCUCAUUAACUCCUCUCGAUCAAGUUAAAGAUAGUACAAGCCAAGACAAAUUUGAUAUUAUUGGAAUUGUAAAGAAAAUUGGAGAUACAACAGAAUUCAAGUCAAAGAAUGAAAAUUCAAAUGCAACAUUGAAAAGGGAUGUCACUAUUCUGAGUAAGGAUUCUUAUGGAAAAAUCGUUGAAGCAGCCAUAACUUUAUGGGGAGAUACCAUUAAAUUUGAGGAGAAAUCAGUUGUGAUAUUUACUGGAGUUGGAAGAAAAUUAUCAGACAAUGGUAUGAGCCUGAGUUGUAAUAGCUCUCAAUGUAUUGUCGAUGUGGAUAUUCCAGAGGCGGCUGAACUUCAUCAAUUAUUUUCUGCUCUUCCAAUUGAAGAAAUGCAAGGAGAGGUCAUUACAGCAGUAUUCACAAAAUCAUCAACGUUUAGAAAAGUCACGAUUCAAGAUGUGGCUAACACCACUGUAGAGGAAUUAGACAAAAUUAAGCCAAAAGAUAAGGAUCCUGGCAAAACGAAGAUAUUCUUUAUUAGAUCCCAUGUUAUUCUCAAGCAAGACGAUUUUACUUAUCCAGCAUGCAGCAACCCUGAUUGCAAAGGAAAGAAAAUGAAAAAAGAUGCCGAUCAAAUGGAUCCAACUUUGAGAUGUCCUUCAUGUGGAGGAGUCGAAAUGUCGUACAGGUACAUGACUUCGGUUGUUUUGGCUGAUUAUUCAAGCUCUAUCUAUGUGACCGCCUUUGACAGUGCCAUAACUGCAUUACUUGACAGAAGUGCAUACGAUUUUGCGACUUCAGACGAAAAUACGAGACGUGAAAUUGUCAGCGAUAUGCAAUUCGAAUGUGCCUCUUACAGGAUAAGAGCUUCCAUGCCUCAACAAGGUGACAAAGUGAGAUUUACUCUGAUGGGCAUGAAGAAAAUUGAAAACUGGGACAAGGAAGCCAAGUCUUCUCUAAGUGCAAUCAAGGCUUACAUGAACACCUUUGGUCUCAAGUAA